GCGCGUUUUACGGCAUCCAGAUGUAAACGACGCCCAGUCGUAAUCCCGGAUGGUCGCACGAGUGCUCGGGAUAUAACGUUUGCCGCUAGUAAUAUCGUGUAAUUGCGCUUACGGGGAUUUUCGGAUAACGGGACAUAACGGUCCCUUUUUGUUUCAAUUGAUCGCGCGCGAUCUGCGACAGUUAUACUGAGAGAAGACUAGUUUACGAUUGUUCACGCGGGUUUUUAAUUGUCGUACACUUUCUAUCUAUUCCGUUUUUUAUAUAUACGGUAGAUAUAUUUAGAAGUGGGUUUUAACGCCAUACGAUAAGAUGACAAUUAGUUAAUUACUCUCUGAGUUACACGAUGUAAGAAGUGGAUUACAUGAUGUGGAUCGAAAAAGAUCGGAUUAAACCUAUUGUAGUUACACAAGCAUGGGUGUCGAAAGAUUUACAGAGAUUACCGACAAAAUUCCAGAGCUCUAAAGUUAUAUUGAAAUAUCUGAAGUUAUAUUGCCAGUAUUCUAGUUUAUACAGUUUGAAGUACCUCGUUGAUUCUCAAAGAAGUUGGUUUGAAAGAGCUAUGUGGAUCAUAAUACAUUUGAUAAUUAUGUCCAGUGUGAUUUACAUGGUUUAUGCAACCUGCAAAGAGUAUGUAACAUCACCUAUACUUACUUCCAUGGACUCGGAUAGUUACCCCACGGUCGAUUUAGACUUUCCAGGAAUCGCCAUCUGCUCCAUUAACAGAAUAAGUCGGCAAUCCGCGAUAGAAAUGGCAACCGAUAUCUUUAACGCGAAAGUCACGGAUCUACCGGUCGAUGAAAUCCUCACCUUGGUCUCGCAGUUGGGCAAUCACUACGUUUCUGAUUUUCGCACGAAGGAUCGUAACGCCGAGAUCGAUGAACUUCUAACGACCUAUUACAAGGAAGAUUACGACAUUACGCAAAUAAUGAAAACUCUGUCGCCGCAGUGCUCACAGAUAUUACUGAAAUGCAAACUGCACGGCACCUACAGAAACUGCUCGCAGCUCUUCGAUUUCCGCAAGACGCAGAACGGAUUCUGCUGCACCUUCAAUUACAUGCGUGAGAAAGACGACAUUCUCGAAAAUACGGAGGCUGUCAUAGAUCCGUCUCUAUAUAUGCAUAAGGUGGACGAUUUAGGAAUAGAACGUGGCUUAACAGUUGUGAUGGAUCCACUUUUGGACGACUAUUUUUACCCGAUACUGCCUACUAUCGGUUGGAAGGUGAUCGUAUUCAAUCCUCAAGACUAUCCGGAUGUGGCCAGCGGUGGUGUCACAGAGGUAUUCGCGAUUCCCAGCUCCGAGACGUACAUAGACGUUACUCCGGCAUCUUUCUUCAGCACCAAGGACAUCGAAAAGUUUUCCUUCAGCAAACGCAAAUGUGUUUUCCCAAAUGAGAUGCGCACCAGGUACAGCGAUACAUCUUACACUUACAGCGAUUGCAUCGUCGACUGCAGGCUCCACGACAUGCAGAGUCUUUGCGGAUGCAGACCGUUUUAUUUUCCACGUCGUGGCAUAAAGGACUAUUCAGUGCGUGUUUGUACCAACGCAGACUUAAAAUGUCUGACAAAAUAUAAAACUAAAUGGUGGACCGUUUUUCCUCAUGAUAGUAAGGAAAAGAUCGGUGAAAACGUAACGUGGGCUCUGAGUUGUCACAAUUGUUAUCCUGCCUGUGAAGAUAUUAGCUAUGACGUGAUGAGUACGAAGAGCUACAUGUCCCCUGGCACAUAUAGAACUAAUUUAUUAUGGAAUGUCAACAUUACGAAUCAAGCGGUGUUGCAUAUCUUCUUCUCCAAGUAUGGCUCGAUUAGAUUGAAGCAAGACGUAUCUUCUUAUUGGUACGAAUUUAUGAGCAAUAUCGGCGGUAUAUGCGGUGUCUUCAUCGGCUUCAGUCUCAUCAGCGUUGUGGAGUUCCUGUACUUCAUCGCGCUCAUACUUCGUGAUCUGCUACGUGAAGACUCAAGUAUCUUAGACGACGACCACGAUGACCACGACGACCACAAGGACAAGAUCCAAUCAGUCCCAUGCGAAAACAUACAGACAAUUUACUGGAGCGAGCUGAUGCCACGAUCUUGGCAGGCAGUAAAAUAUGGCCAGUUUCCUAAGAACAGAGCAAGAUACUAAUACAUUCGGGAAGCUAUCAUGUAACUGCUCGGAAAGCUUUCCGAUGGAGACAAGUCCGUUUCGGUCCCAUCAUGAACACUCGAAUAACAUUCGAAACGAUCGGAAAGUUUCCGACACCCCGCAUGCAAGCGUGAAAUCGAUUCCGAUCGCGACGAACCAUCAGAUGAAAAAGAUUCAGGAAGACCGUCUGUUUCGUCGCAUAACGAUAAGCCGAUUUAGCAAGAGAUCCACAAUUGCCCAGCGAUGCAGACGAAAUCGCGAUCGGAAACUCGUCAGUCGGAAUCUUGCAUUUCCAAUUGAAAUCUUGAAUAGCUCCUAUAAUCGUGACCGCAUGAUUUAACAAAUCCUGCUAUUUAUUUAUAAAAGCAUUAUCAUAAAAGAUAUCUACAAGUAGCAAUCUUUCUUUAUUAGAUUAGCACUAGAUCAACUUUUGAUGACCCCAAAUUAUAAAAUUUCAUGGUGUUUCGAGGUUCUAAUAAGUCGAUUUUACAUAUAUGGUUAUAUGAUAUAAUAUCAUAGUACGAUCAGUGCGUCAAAUUUUGAUAGAUUGUUCUAUAUGAUUAAAUGAUUCAUAAUAGAAUUAUCGUACAUUUUCUAAUUAAAGAGAUUUUCAACUUCAUACAAAUCUUAAAAAUUUCAGAUAUAUGCAUAUAUGAUAAAUUUUGUGUGUGCGCGCACGUGUAUGCGUAGGUAUGUUAAAUGUGAAUAAACAUAUUUAUAAUUAUAAUUAUAGAAUGUAGAAUGUAGAAAUAAUAGCAAUUAUAAUCUACAUCAAGAAUUUACGGCAAGAAUUUUAGUACUUGCAGCUUUAAGAUUUCGACGGUUGUCAUACGAUGUUGGAUAAUAAGUUGUAAUUAAUGAGGGAAGUACUAAAACAAUGAAGCGGCAGUUGUUUAGGAGCGAGAUAUGAAGAGGUUAUAAUACCUUCGUAAGAGCAUGAAUGGAACGUGAUAGAUACAGGAGGCUUACAUGGGAAUUGUUAUCUGCUCCGAUGACACUCUCCAGAGACACAUAAUUAAUUCUCAGUGCAAUUAAGGUUUUUAGCAGAUGUUUACGUAAACUUAUGCUAGAAAUCGAAGUUCGCUUGCAGAGAACCAGUUUUAUCAAAACUUUUAAUGCGUUUAUUAAAAUAACUUUGGGAUCGAUUGCAGAUUCCGAUUUCGUGAAAACGUAACUGAACCAAUAUUGACGAUCUUAUAUUACGGUAAAUAAAUCUUUAAUGUGAGCAAA